GUUGCGGGUCACCGAUACCGUGAAGGCCGCCGCGCUCUUCUUCUCUACAACUCUUCGCUUUGCUGCUCCGAUUCUGCAAAAUGACAAAGAGGACAAAGAAGGCUGGUAUUGUUGGAAAGUAUGGUACUCGUUAUGGUGCUAGUCUGCGAAAGCAGAUAAAGAAAAUGGAGGUCAGCCAACAUAGCAAAUAUUUCUGUGAAUUCUGUGGGAAGUAUGCAGUGAAGAGAAAGGCUGUCGGAAUUUGGGGUUGCAAGGACUGUGGCAAGGUCAAAGCCGGUGGUGCAUACACAUUAAACACUGCUAGUGCUGUGACUGUGAGGAGCACGAUUCGAAGGCUGAGGGAGCAAACCGAGAGUUAAGUGCACAUUGGUAAUCAUAGGCGUUCAUGUCCAAGUUUUUGAUUUAAGCUUCAUGUUGUCAUUUUUGUAUUAGAGAGUUUAUUAGUCGAAUUAUUGAGGAUAGAAAUCAGUAUCUGUUUUCAAAUGUUGUUUUUAAACUUUGCUGACAUGAAGUAGUUGUUUUUCCUGUCCUGUGAUCUUUAUAUGGUUGUGCUUGUAGUAUGCUGAAAUCUUUUGACCAUAAUGCCGUUUUGUGUUGAA